AUUUUCUUUUCAUCAUUAAGUCACGAAGAAAGCUUGUGAUCGAUCAUUUUGCCUUUGCAAAGCACACAGCAUAAAAGUUGGUCUGUUUCGAUAAGGAAACGUAUCGAAAAUGCCUCUGAUUACAGCGGUUGUGUUUGUUUUGUGUACUUUUAUGCUGAACGAUGUUGUCGAGACUCGACCUCAGUUUUUCAGUUCGUUCGAAGAGAAGACACUCUCUCCUACAGUGAAAACAGAUUGGCCCAUAAUAGGAAUCCUGGCCCAGACGACACGUGGCCACGUGGAGACUUUUGGGCGAACUUAUAUUGGCGCCAGUUACGUCAAGUACAUAGAAUCUGCAGGAGGAAGAGUUGUACCGAUUCGGUAUCGUUUGACAUGUUUCCAAGAAAACAAUAAAAUGUGUGGUUCUUCCUUGAGGGAGCAUCAAACAAUGGCAGUAAAGGAAAGAAAAGCCUCUAGGAAAAUUUUUUUAAGAAGAUAUUUUUACCAGAUAUCACCCUAUUGUUCAGAUGUGAAGUUAGAUUUGAGUUUCCUCUUGUUUCUUUAUAGCGUGUUGUGUAAGUUGAGGUUCUAUGGUAGGAACGAAAUGUCUUUUUUGGAAUUAUGUUUUAACCACAUAUUGAAAAUAAAAAUACUUGAGCUUUUUCAGUUAACUUAUCACAGAAACAACAUGACCGAGGAUCAGUUGGAAAAUCUCUUCAAUUCAAUCAACGGUGUCUUAUUACCUGGUGGUGCAGUCAGCAUCUAUGAUUCACCUUAUGAAAGGACAGGCAAAACACUCUUUAACCUGGCAAAGCAGGCCAAUGAUGCUGGAGACAUCUUUCCAAUUUGGGGAACAUGCCUUGGGUUUGAACUUCUCUGUCAACUUGUUGCCAAUGAUAAACAUGUUAUGUCAUCUGUGGAUGGGGUGGAUUUCAGCGUUCCGUUGAAUUUCAGUGAAGGAUACAAGUCCAGCCGCCUCUUCAGAUCUGCGCCGGACGAGAUCAUUACGUACCUAAAAACUAAGGAUGUCACCUAUAACCAUCACCACUAUGGCCUUACUACUGAGACAUAUUCAAGAGACAAGAACCUUAACAAGUUCUACAGUUGUCUGUCAACCAACAGAGGCAACAAAGGAAAGCAGUUUGUAUCAACAAUUGAAGCUUACAAUUAUCCGAUCUUCGGUGUGCAGUGGCACCCUGAAAAGAACGCCUUUGAAUGGUUUCCAAAGGUGGCCAUAAAUCACUCUAAAGAGGCAAUACUGAUAACUCAAUAUGUAGCGGACUUUUUUGUCAACCAAGCUCGUCUGAGUGGGCACAGAUUCUCAAGUAAGGAGGAUGAAGAUGCGGCGUUGAUUUACCAUCACAAUCCAGUCUUCUGUGAUCCGGACAUAACCCACUUUGAACAAUGCUAUAUUUUCUAGAGAUGGCUUUUGACUCACAGAUCAUCGUGUGUUAAAGCGCUUUUCAAAUGAAGCAAGUCAAAUGAUAGGAAAAUAUGAAAGGAAAAUGUGGUCAAACAUUGAAUUUCACAGGUCUAGUCAAAUGACUACACAUGUAAAAUUUUACAAAAACUUAAUACCUUUGCGAGAUUCAUACUUUUUGGCCAGUUAUCCCCCGUCACUUCAUGGGGAUGUAUUCUUCUAGGAUCUUAUAGCAAUUGCAGCUAUGCGAUUAACGAUUUGCAUGUAAAGUGAAACUCGUCAUUGGUUUCCCCGUGUCUUAGAACAAUUGCUUUGUUAAAGUUAGGGUCAUUUUUUAUAAUUGCCGAAAAUAAUACGGUUAUAUUUUGGUUUUGCUACACUUUGCUGUUCCAGUAGACUCACGCCGCGCUUUCACAACAACACCACCGCCUCGCUGUGUUUUUUUUUUUUGUGUGUGUGUUUUUGUUAUUUUUUUAGCAUUGCUCUGCUGUACUUUGUUAAUGCACCAUUUAUAUCCAAUUGCCAAGUUGCAUGAAGCCUCUAAAAUCUCAUUAAAAAUUAUUUUGGCCUGGCGA